AGUGUUCUUGAGCCUUAGCGUUUGGGGGGAGGAUUUUAAUAGAUUGUGAUCUCUCUCCCUGAUUUUUUUCUCUCUCCUCCCCUUCUUUGCCACGAAAACCAAAUGCUAAGGUUCCGUGUUCCAACCUACAAAGAUGUAGUCCAAGUUUCGUAAUAUGCAUACGUAUCGUUUAGGAGUUUACGAGAUUGUUUGAUAUUUAGGCCAAUAGGUCGUGUAAAUUCGUCGACAACGAAAGAGUAUCUUGGUUUGUGUUGCUGUUGUUUUUUUUCUUUUUUCCCGAGUUCUGUGUGUUUGUUUGGUGGGUUGGAGAAUGGAAAACGGAGAAGAGAAAAGCGACGACUUCUAUGCAGUGCUGGGGCUGAAAAAGGAAUGCACUGCGCCGGAGCUCAGGAAUGCUUAUAAGAAACUUGCACUGAGAUGGCACCCAGAUCGUUGUUCAGCUUCGGGGAACUCAAAGUUUGUGGAAGAAGCAAAGAAAAAGUUCCAGGCCAUCCAACGAGCCUAUUCUGUUCUCUCUGACGCGAAUAAAAGGUUUCUGUACGAUGUAGGAAUCUACGACAGCGAUGAUGACGAAAACGGAAUGGGUGAUUUUCUCAAUGAAAUGGCAGUCAUGAUGACCCAAACAAAGUCCAAUGAAAAGGGGGAGGAGAGUUUUGAGGAAUUGCAGGAGUUGUUUGAGGAGUUGUUUCAAGGCGAUAUUGGCUCAUUCGGCUCAAGCUCACAGACUACUACUUGUUCUAGUUCGUCCUCAUCCUACACGUCUUAUUGUGAGACUUCUGGUUCCAGCAACAAGCGCAAUUCCUCAGAGAUGAAUUGUGGGAAGACAAAUUUGGAGGACACCUCUGCCUCUGGGUUUGACGCCAACUUUCAGGAUUUCUGUUUUGGGACAGGCGGAACAGCGACGAGAUGCCAGAAAGCAGAGGGGGGUCAGAGGAGUUUCAGGAGGAGGCGGUAGACGAAGUUGGUAUGGCAGGAAACUUAAGUUUUCAUCUGAUCACACCAAUAGACUCAAAUCCAAUCUUAGCUUAUUGACUCGACCCUCUGAGAGAGAGAGAGAGAGAGAGAGAUGAUGCAUCAUUUCAGCAGAGAUUUACUUGGAAAUAGCCUUUUGCUCACAUUGGCUGACGCAGAAUUGACAAAACACCCCUCCCCUCGAUAUCAUGGCUCAUUGUUCUAUCCCCCUUCAACGUUUGUAGCUGUAUGCUUCGUGCUCAAUCUUAAUGUUUAGUUGU